AUGGAGCACCCGGACCUCGCAAAGGAACGCGAGUUCUACAGGUACUAUCCGCAGCGGACCACCUCCAACGAGAUCCUCAGCCGCCGCCCUUCGCCCACGCCCGUCCAUGAUACACCUACGCCGCCCCGAGGACCGCCCUCAGGCCCUGGGCUGGGUAUCGCAGGGGCAUUCGACGGCUGCCCCCAGCCCUCGGAAGACAAGGCACUGACUGCAUUUGCGCAGCUGGGUGCGCUGCGACUUAAUGCACGAAGAUGCCUCAUCUCCUUCUUCGAUCGACGGAACUGUUACAUCCUGGCUGAGGCCACACGAACCUUGUCCCUACACACAGGCCAACCCGAGUUCAGCGAGGACAGUCUGGUUUGGGGCAAUACUAUCUUCCCCAAAGAGAAGAGCAUCUGCUAUGUCACAGUCAACCUCGCUGCGGGUCAGUCCGGCUUGCCUUUCGAUGACUACAGCAAAACGCCUUCCCUGAUUGUGAAUGACCUGAAGAUUGAUCGACGCUUCAAGCACUUCCCUUCAGUAGCAGGGAUCCCCAGAUCUCGUUUCUAUGCUGGAGUCCCUAUACGCAGCCCAAGCGGGCACAACAUUGGCACAUAUUGCGUCCUAGAUGAUAGGCCGCGGGACGGCCUUUCUGCGCAUCAGUUAGACUUCCUCAAAGACAUGGCAGGCACAGUGAUGCGACACUUGGAGAUGACAAGGGCGACCGAAGACCAUCGGAGGGGCAAGAUUAUGGUUAAGAGCUUGGGAUCGUUUGCUGAGGGAAAGAGCGGAACUGAAGAUUGGUGGCAGGAUCCGUGGGACAUGCCGCUGUCUGCAGGACUGUCGGAGACACCUCUGCAGCGACAAAGACCAGCCGCACGAUCCAACGCUGACCAGGAGCCGUUCGUUGUUGACCGAAGUAGUAGCGUCAUUUCUAGCGUCAAGAGCCCCGCCAGCACAGAUGCAUCGAGUGUCCGCCCUAUGAGCAGUGUUGUUACACCUGCAUCUGAGCUGGGACCGGAGCCGCCCAGGGUACCAGAAGUAGCGACCAAAACCUCUUCAUCCUCUCAGAACGAUCAGAAGAGCAAGAUCGCACCGGAGGUUCAGGCAGCCUUUGAUAGGGCAUCGAACAUGAUCGUUGACGCGAUCGAGGCUGACGGCGUUGCGUUCUUCGAUGCUAAAAUCAGCACGUUUGGUGGGCUCGUCGAGGACGAUCUCUUCUCCGAAGACCUACCUGAGCCAGACAAGCCUUGUGUUCUGCUAGGCUCUGCGCUAAGCAAGAACAACAGGGAGGUGUCGAGUCUCUCUGAUAUGCAAUACUCAAUGUCCGAGAGUGUGUUACGACAUCUGCUUCGUUCGUACUCACAUGGCCAGAUCUUCAACUUUGACGACGAUGCCACCACUCCAGCUAUCAACUCGCCUUCAGGAAACGGGGACGUAGAGGUGAUAGAUGGCUUUCCGUUCCACAUCUCACGCAAGUCAGAAUCUACCAGAAGUCAAGACGACGAGAACUUCCUUCGAAGCGUUUUCCCAAGGGCGAAAAGCUUGGUGCUCUACCCAUUGUGGGACUCGCAUCGCGAUCGGUGGUUCGCCAGCGCCGUGAUCUGGAGCUCUGACCCCAUGCGCGUUUUUACCAGCGAGCAGGAGCUCAGCUUCCUUGCUGCAUUUAGCAACUCAGUCAUGGCUGAGGUCGCACGGCUAGACACUAAGCUAGCGGACGCUGCAAAGGCUGACUUUAUCUCGUCCAUCAGUCACGAGCUACGAUCACCUCUGCAUGGCAUACUGGGCAUGACGGACUUGCUAAAAGACACUGCGAUCGACGGACAGCAGACAAACCAUGUGCAGACCAUCGAGACUUGCGGCAAAACCCUUCUGGAGACCAUCAACCAUGUGCUUGACUUUGCCAAGAUCAACAAUCUUACGCGAGGAAAAUCGAAGAAAUCAAAGAAGCGUACGCAAAGCGCCAAGCAUGUCAUCAGCCCUGGACAAAGUCACACGAAUGAUAUUAUGACGCUGAUCAACGACGUGGACAUGAGUGUCCUCGCAGAAGACGUUGUAGAGAGUGUGUUCGCUGGUCAUGUCUACCAGAAGGUUUCUGCCCAAACAUAUGAGCUCACCUCCUGUAAGAAGGAGGUUCUCCCACUGAGUCUCAUUCUCGACAUCAAUGAGAGCGCAAACUACGUCUUCCGUACACAACCCGGCGCAUGGAGACGAGUCGUCAUGAACCUUUUCGGUAAUGCCCUGAAAUACACGGAAGCGGGAUACAUCAAGGUCAAGCUCCAAGUAAUGCCAAGGUCAAGCCCCACGGAAGAGUACCGCGAGUUCCGCUUCACAGUAACCGACAGUGGUGUCGGCAUGUCGGAAGACUACAUCAACAACAGGCUUUUCCAUUCGUUUGCACAGGAGAACCCUCUGAGCCAAGGAACUGGUCUUGGUCUCAGCAUUGUGAAGCAGAUCGUUGAAUCCCUUGGAGGUGAGAUAGAAGUCACUAGCGCGAAGGGUCGUGGAACCAAGUUCAUGGUAUCCUGCCCUCUCAAGGAGUCGAUCAUGUCACCAUCAUUCUGUCCCACGGAACCUGAGCAGCAAAAAGAGAAGCAUUUGCGGGAGGUCGGUAAGCGCACAAAGGGUAUGAAGGUCUGCUUCAAGGGAUUUGAUGAAGAGGAAGAAUACUUCGUUAGGAGCCUGAAGGGAAAGAACGCCACAUAUUUGUCAAAGAAGGCAAUCGACAGCCUAUGCGCUGACUGGUUUGGGAUGAAGACGUGUGCGAGCGGCCCUUGUGCCGCAGAGCCAGAUCUCAUCGUUGCAACCGAGUUGGUCGCAAAGGCAUUACGUGCUCGGCACAGCCAAGGGGUCAAUCAAGCCAAUCACCCACCAGUCAUCGUUGUCUGUAACGGUGCUGCGUCCGCACAGUCUGUCACCGCCAUUACAGUACCAGGCGUCAUUUUUGAGUGCAUCGGCCAGCCAGUUGGACCUCACAAAAUGGCGAAGGCUUUGACCUCCUGCCUGGACCGCCACGCAAAUCAGCUAAGUGGCCAAAUCGACGGCACCGAGGCGACGCUACAGAAGGUGACACAGCUGAGCCUGAAAGAUAACACCCCACCACAUAGCCCAGAUAUGUUCUCGCGCCUUCUUGACAUAGCUCGACCGGCUCUCACUUCAACGAUUAGCGCUCCUGAGGUGCGUUCGGUCAGCACGAGCCCGGUCAAGAAGUCGGCAUACUCCACACCAACAAGAUCGCUGAAUUGUCUGGCUGUCGACGACAACCCUAUCAACCUUCGACUUCUUCGCACGUUCGUCGACAAAUUAGGCCACCGCCAUGUUCUUGCGGUCAACGGCCUUGAAGCUCUCGAUACAUACAAGUCCGCCCAAGACCAAUCGUUGAUCAACGAUAUGUCUGCCCGCAUCGACGUUAUCCUGAUGGACAUUAACAUGCCGGAGAUGGACGGCCUCGAAGCAACGCGUCAGAUUCGUGCUCAUGAGAUCAGAACUGGACUGCCGCCUGUCACCAUCAUCGCACUCACAGGUGUAGCCAGUACUGAGACCCAGCAAGAGGCAAACUCCAGCGGCGUCAACUUAUUCUUGAUCAAGCCGGUACGACUCGCGGAUCUAGAGGUGGUGCUGAAGGGUGUCAUCACGGGACAGGAGAAGGCUGAGUGUGAGGAGAAAGAAAAAGAGAAAGAGAAUCAGGGCCUGGGGUCGCAGAUGCCGCCGCCGCAGAUUCAGUCGCCGCCGAAAGAGGUAGCACCUGAGGCACAGCUGCCGAAGAUACAAGCCGCAACACAGACAGCGCCCAAGGCACAGCAGGGUGGCGUCAAGGUGGAUGAAAAACAGGUAGGGCCCAGCGUCACAGUGAAAGAGGUCAAAUGA